UCGCAUCCACCGUGACCACCUUGCACUCUCCACGCCACUGCACGCGUUUGCCGCGCGGCUGUACGACGAGGAGGCAUAAAUCAGUGAGGCUCAGCCGCGUGGCAGAGUGUGAAGUCUAUCACUCGCACUGUCAUGGCCCCUCACUUCGAAACUGUCAAGUCUUUUGCAGACGUGGAACUAAAGAACGGAUCCGAUGCGGUCGAUACGGAAGGAUUUCUGCUAGCGUCAGAUGGGCUAGUGGCCAUGUUCGACCUGCUCGGUGCCGGCGUGUUCUCGUUCGUCCAGAUCGAUCUUCGAAACAACAUUGCUGGCGUGCGCCAGCGAUACGAAUCCCACGCCUCAAACUCGACCAGCUUGGAGGACCUUGUACGCAACGAGCAUGCGGAGGGGCAAAAGCACGCCGCUGCUUGCCUUACACGUCUCAUCCGGGGUCUGGCAUUCACGUGCCUCGCGCUCCAGACGACGCAGUCCGAACCGUCCUGCGCCUUGCAUGUGUGUUUUCGGCGCGCUUACGAUGUCGUUCUCAAGCACCAUCACACUUUCCUCGUGCGCUCUGUGGUGACUAUCGCCAUCCGUGCUGUGCCUCGCCGGGACCAGUUCUACGCCGCGUUAUGUCAGGGCGGGGAUCGCGAGAAGUUUGAGCAGGAGCUGAGGAGGUGGCUGGAUGGGCUGGAAGGGAUCGUAAAGCGGACCAAGCUGUUUCUGGAGGACGGGGGGUAUGGCCGGGUCUGAUGUGUUCUAGGGUUCGCUCUUUGGACGUGUCAAAGGAUGGUCGAGCAGACACAUCCAGGACUCGAGGCGUCUUCUGGAUCUUUGCCGGGACAGGAAUGCUGAUUGCUCAUAGUAUCAGAACUGUAGGGCUGACGGAUAGUUGAUUCUUCGAAGAAAAAAAGUCUGAUUUGAUUGUCCCUCGCUAGAAGGAUGAACCCACUGAGAACCAGUGAAAAGCUGUAC